AUGGUGACCCCCUGCCCCACCAGUCUCGUGAGUCCCGCCGCCCGGGCUGGGAAGCGGGACCACGACCAGAACCUCCGCGCCCCAGUGAAGAAGAGCAGGCGCCCACGCCUCCGGAGAAAACAGCCGCUGCAGCCGCUGAACCCGUGCUCGCUCCCCGGAGACUCCGGUGUUUGCGACCUGUUCGAGUCCCCCAGCUCCGGGUCUGAUGGUGCAGACAGUCCCGCAGCAUCCGCGGCGCUAGGCUGCAGCCCCCUACCUGCUCCUGCCCCGCAGUUUGAGCAGCUAGAUCUACAAACCUUCCGUGACUACGGUCAGAGCUGCUACGUCUUCCGCAAGGCGCGGGAGAGCCACUUCCACCCGCGGGAGUCGCUGGCGCUGCAGCCACAAGUAACGGCGGAAUCCCGCUGUAAGCUGCUUAGCUGGCUGAUCCCAGUGCACCGCCAGUUCCACCUCUCCUUCGAAUCUCUCUGCCUGACGGUGAACACUCUGGACCGCUUUCUUACCACCACGCCUGUGGCUGCCGACUGCUUCCAGCUGCUUGGGGUCACGUCCCUGCUCAUCGCUUGCAAACAGGUGGAGGUACACCCACCACGUGUGAAGCAGCUCCUGGCCCUGUGCUGCGGCGCCUUCUCUCGGCAACAACUCUGCAACCUCGAGUGCAUCGUGUUGCACAAACUCCACUUCAGCCUGGGCGCGCCAACCAUCAGCUUCUUCCUGGAGCAUUUCACGCACGCUCGUGUGGAGGCCGGGCAGGCUGAGGUAUCAGAAGCCCUGGAGGCACAAGCCCUGGCGCGUGGUGUGGCAGAGCUGAGCCUGGCCGACUAUGCCUUCACCAGCUAUACUCCCUCCCUGCUGGCCAUCUGUUGCCUGGCGCUGGCUGACCGUAUGCUACAGCUCCCGCGCCCGGUGGACUUGGGCCUAGGCGGGCACGCCGAGGCCGCAGUGCAGGACUGCCUGGGCAAGCUGCAGCUACUAGUGGCCAUAAAUGAGACCUCCUUGACUCAUAUGCUGCCUUUCCAGAUCCUGGAGAAGUGCAGCCUGUCUCCGAAAUUGAAAUGA